AUGGAGCCAAAUACGCUACUAGUUACAGGUUCGUUUUUAAAGUUUAAAAAGUGAAAAAUGUUUUUUUGAGCAAAAAAAUAUCUAUGACGAGGAGUCAUAGUAUUUUUAAUAGCUGAAUUUCAGGCUCGAAAAAAAUUCUGAGCAAAAAUAGGUGCAAAGUAGAGUUAUAGUAUAUUAUAGUUGAUUUUUGAAUCCAAAAAUGAAAAAAAUAAUUUUUGUGCAGAAAUUUAAGAAUAAGUACCAAAUCUAGCUUUUUUUAUUAUUCGAUUUUUUUCGGUUUUAAAAAAAGAUUUUUUUGAGCAAAAAAAUAAAAAUUGAUUAAAAAUCCUACAGUAGCUAUUACUGUCCUGGAGUUCUCAAAUUUUUUUCUGAAUUUUUUUCAGUCGGAUCCGCUAGAGGGCUCUAUUUGAAGAAUAAAACUGAAACAGAAGCUUAUGCCACGAUUACUUUACAGGUUUGUUUUAAUUUUUGAUUUUUCAAAGAUUUUUUUCAUUUCGAACGAUGCUCCAAUGAAAGAACUACUGAAGUUUUGCGUUUUUUCUGAUUUUUCUUGCAAACCUAAAUAGAAAAAUCGAGAAAAAAACUGUAAUUUGUAGUGUCGUUGGAGUUUUUUUGUAACGAGGCUCCAGAUGACAGCCAUUUUAAUUGAAAAAUUUCUUCUUUUUGAGAUAGGGAAAGUAACAAGAUAUUUGGAAAAGAUGCUCCAAUUAAAAUUUUUUACUGGCUUUUAUUUUUUUUUAAAGAAAAGCAGGUUAUCAAUCCAAAAGGUAGCAGAUUGGAGUAGAAGAUGACCGUCCUUUGGAGCAUCGUUUCAAAAGAAAUUAUCGAUUUUAAACCUUUUUUUUCUGCGUAUCUUGGGAGCGCCUCAGUGUCCACUAGAGGGGUUAGGGCAGAUCUUGAGUGGUCCCUAUAGUGGUCUUUUAGUUUUCCUUUUCCUUAUUGAAAGUCAAAAAUACGUUUAGGGACCCCUAGCAUGCUCCACUAGAGCGGCCACUAACUAAAACCCCUUUAGGGACCACUUUUGCAAGCUUUAGUGAUCCCUAUAGAAACACUCUAUCUUGCUUGAGAUAGUUUUCAAUCCUUGUUUGUGCAGGCUCUUUUUUAGAUUUCCUCUCUCCCAUUUUUUUUUGUCCGAAUAUUUGCCUUUUUCCAGGGAAAAGGCUCUUUGCGAAGUCGUGCCGCCACAGAGUUUGUACAUACACAGGGCGACUGUUUAUGGGACGAAACUUGUGAAUUGUGAGCUUUUCACAACAAUUUCUGUGGAAAAUGUGGAAUUUCCAGCAAAUUGAAUGAGAAAUGGACGACGGUUUGCGUCUCUGUGCAACACAAGGGCAAAAUCGGCUCCGGAGGUAGGUUUUAGGCCAAAAAAUUGGAGUCUUAGGAGACAAUUGUGUGAUUUUUCAUUAAAAAAACUUCAAGAAGGUCAAAAACGCAAAAAUUUGAAUUAAUAAUUUUUUUAAAUGGAGCUAGAAAUUUUUGUAUAAUCAAUGUCUUGGAAUGCAAUUUAAAUACUACAAAAACGGGUUUUUCAAAAAUUAUCUAUUUUUGAGAAGUAAAUGGUCGGAUAUAACGUUAUCUUUUGUAGCUUUUUGAUUUUUGGAAGUCCAGUUUUUUUAAGCAAGAAAAAAAUUCAUUUCUAUAUUUUUUUACAAAAAAACUGUUUGAAAGUGAAGCUCUUUGUACUACUAAUUCGAAAAAGAGGGAAAUUUGAAAUUUCUGUCAUUUGGAACCCUGCCUAAAAACAAUAAUAAUGAUGGACCAAAAAAAGGCAGUGAAAAAUCAAGUUUUUUUCUUGCCCUGAGUGUAAUUUAGUAAUUUUUUCGAACUGCAAAAAAAGGAUCAGUUUAUUCAUGAAAAAGAAUUCGUCUUAUUCAAUGUUUUUUUGCGACAAAUUUAUUUAUUGAAUUUCACAAGGUCUGAAAAACGAUUUAAAAAAAUCAAAAAUUGCCAAUAAAUUUUUUUCGAAAAGAAUAUAAAUGUAUACAAAGUUAUGGAACAGAAUUUUCGAGAUUUCUUCAGCUCAAAUUUGAAGCCAUCAGAUUUAAAAAUGAAAAAUUCAGAUUUGAUCGGCAAAUGUGAGCUGAGCCUUCAUGAUGCUAGGCAAUACGGUAGCACUUCCUGGUUCCCGUUGAAAAAGAAGAGCGGAGACGAGAAAUAUAGGUUUUUUUAUUUAUUUAUUUUUUUGACAAGUCUGUGAUGUAUGUGGAAAAACAAGUAGUGAUUAAUUAUCAAAUUAUAAUUAUAACUUUCUAUAUAUUUUUCCAAAAAAACGAGAGAAAAUAACCGUGUAGCAAAGGGCUCCAUGGACAACUGUGAGAAUUUUCAGCUACGAAAAUUUUUCUCCAUUUUAACUUAACCAAUUUUAAUUUCAAUUUUUUUAUCAAUCAAAUGGACAGAAAGGAGCGCCUCAAAAUGAAUCGAAGUGCUCCGAAUCGUUAAAAUCAACUAUUUUGAAACAUUUUUGAAGUAUGUCUUCCCAAAGAAUAGCAAAAAAAGAAGAGGAAAAAUAGCCGUCCAGGGCGGAACUUGUGCGCUCCAUGGAUAAUCUUCGAAAAAAGUUUCAAAAUUUGCUCCUUUUUUCAAUUUUCUAAAAAUCAACUGGUUUGAAACAAUUUACCCGCUUUUUGAAAGUUUUUAUGAUUUCUCUGCGCUCUCUUCUGCUGUUUUAAUGUUCUAUGACUUCCAAGCUGAGAGAAAAGAGAGGGCAGACAUGUCAGAGAAUUCCUGGCCCUGAUGGAUGAUCCUAAUGAUAGAUUUUCCACGAUUUUGAAGUUCAGAUGCAUUUUUGAGUUGAAAAUGGGGUUUCAUUAACCACAUAUCUGCGCCCGACUCUGUACGGCUUCUUCUCAUGAUGUAGGAUGCUUCCGUGCGUCGAAAAGUUUCUGUUGGCCAGACAUUUACGACUCUAUUUGUCAUUGAAUUCAAAAUCGUUUCAGAGUCUUUGAAAUAAUGGCAAGUUCUCAGAAAUUUCCAGUAUGAAUGGUAUUUUUUGAAGUAGAAACGGUUAAACCACUCUCUCACCUAUCUCUACCGAAACCCUCUGAAAUCUAAGAUCAAGUGAAUAUUUGCAGAGGCGAGGUGCAGCUGUGCUUCAAGUUCAGCUUCGAAAAGCCGACCCUCUCCGUCUCCAGCAUGUCGCUGAACAAGGUGGAGAAGGAGGGCGGCGUCCUGAGCAACCUCAAGAAGAAGAUCAAAAUGGCGAAACACAAGCACGCCGAGGACACCAUGUCGAUGGCCAGUGGCAUCAGCGCCAUGAGCGUCAAGAGCAACAAGAGCAACCGGUUCUUCGACAAGAUCAACCGCACGUUCGGAUCCAAUAAGUGCGGGUUUUUUGCGAUAUCGCGUGAAGUUUGAGCUCUGACAAUAGUCGUGUGACGGCAAUAACCAUAUUGUAGAUAUAGUGUAAAUCCAAUCUAACCCUUGAACUGUUCCUAUUUAUUCAUUAUUUGAUAAUUCAUCUGUACAUUUUUCACAUACAUUACAUCAUAGACUUGUCAAAAUUAAUAGGUUAGUAGGAGAUUAGGCCAGGAAAAAGUUAUUACGUGCGAGUUUUUUGCGGUAUCGUGUAAAGUUUGAGCUCUGACAAUAGCCGUGUGAAGGGUAACAACUUUUAGUUAUUAGGAGAUUGAACUAGAAAAAAAAUUUUUAGGUGCGAGUUUUUUGCGAUAUCGCCUGAAGUUUGCGCUCUAAAAAAAUAGUUGCGUGAAGGGUAAAAACCGAAAGUUAAUAGGAGAUUAGGCCAGAAAGAAAUUUAUUACGUGCGAGUUUUUUUGCGAUAUCGCGUGAAGUUUGAGCUCUGAAAAUAGCCGUGUGAAGGGUAAAAACCAUAGGUUAGUAGGAGAUUAGGCUAGAAAAAAUGCGCUACGUGCGAGUUUUUUGCGAUAUCGUGUAAAGUUUUAGUUUUGAAAACGAAAAAAAAAGAAAAUAUAAACGCGAGUCUUUUGCGAUAUCGCAAAGAUUGAAAAAAAUGAAAAAAAGUUAAGGGAUUUGGCUAGGUAACUCUAAUAAAUAAAGAGAAAAAAAUACUUUCAGGUCAAAUAUGGGACUUUUUUUCGGAUGUAUUGAUUUUCAAGCUCCGAAUAUCAGUUUCGCAUUUUUAUUGCCUUCAAAUUUACUUACUCCACUCCAAAUUAUUGCCAGAUCCACAACCCUGCCACCGGGGACGUUCCUCGCCGCCCCAGGACUUUCUUCGCCCCAUCUUGACCGGACCGGCAGCUCCAAUGCCAUGUACGAGUCUUGUCUCAACGGCUCAUCUAGAAUCGCCAAUCCGGAGAACACGAUCGAUAAUCAUAGGUUAGAACUUUAUUUUUCGGCUCUUAUACAAGAUAGCUGCUUUUUCGGUGCGAGAGAAAAGCGAUAUCGCUAGCGGUAUCACAGAUUUCCUAUUGCGACAUCGCGUUUAUCUCGCACUCCAAAACUUCAAAACUCGAGAUCCCGCCAAAAAAAUAAGCCUGUCACUUUCGCGAUGCCGCCAGCGACAUCGCUUUUAUCUCGGCAGUUAUACAAGUAUUUUCACAGCGGGUACAAUCCGUUCGACGAGUCUCCGGCCAGGUCGCCAGUCAUUGGCUACGCUCCCCAGGAAAGGAAGUCCAGUGUCAUUCCGCCUGCCCCUUCGGCCCGCUCUAGCCUGGCCGCUGGGAUCAUUUCUCCAUCGGUAAUUAUUAGCCGCUGAGAAUAAUAUUUAUUUUUCCGACUUUGGGCUUCCCUAGCCGGAUCUUUACAACGGGGCGGAAGCAUCAGAAGCAUCGCCUCUUCCGGAUUCGAAUCCUCCAAACAUCAGGUUCCUUCGAAAUCCUCUUCGACUACUCCCGAAUUCAGUUCCAGCAGAAGCAGCUCGACGUCGCGAACGGCCAGGACCUUCUGGCGGUCAUCGACAGCCUCAAGCUGGAGCUGCAGGUCAAGGAUUCCCGGAUGAAGGACAUGCAGGAGUAUAUGGACAAUUUGGUGAGUUUCGGCUUGGAAUAAGUCGAUUUUCUCAAAGAUCUGAAGGAACCUUUACGAGCUUACUAGACCCAAGGAGAAAAUACACUUUUUCCUGGAUUCUUGGAGAAAUAUGGGUUUUUUUUGAAGAAACUCUGUGGAAAUGGUCUAGGGGGGUACAGUUCGGAAUUUACGACCUUGGAACUAUUUUUUAAGGAAAAAUUUUUUUUUAAGCUUAGAAGCUUAGAAAGCUUAUUAAAGGAGCUGUAGAGUGAAUAAUCAUGUCGAAAUUUUUUUUUCGCAUUUUUUGGAUUCGAACUUUUCGAAAUGAGCCGAGAAAAAAGGACUGAGGAAAUACAGUUCAGAGUUGUGAGCUUUGGCUUUAUUGGCGCAUGAUUUUUUUCCAUCCAUAAGAGCUUAGAACGCUUAUUAAAGGCGCAUAAGAAAAAAAUGAUCGUGUUGAGAUUUUUUUGGCUUUUUUUGUUUUGAGCUUCUAGUUUUAUAGCGCAAUUCAUUCAUGAUUUUUGUUAUUUUUUUAAUCGAUAACCAAUGCUUCCAAUUUUUGGCGCUUAUUAAAGGCGCAGAGGAUAUUUUUUCUCGUUUUGAGACUAUUUGAGAAGUUUUUUUAGCUGGGUUUUGAAUGAUGGAAUAGCGCUUAUAAAUUGAAAUUUUUCAGACUCUGCUCGCCUUGAAAUUUUUAUUAUUAAAAGGCGCAUAAGUUCUAUAUCUCGUCUCGAGACCAUUAAAAAAAUGUUUUUUUGAUGCAGUUUGAGCUUGUGUUUUGAUUCAAAAAAAUAGGUCAUUAAAAAAAUUGAAAAAAAUGGAAAUUUGAUAACCUUUUUCGAGAACAUUUCUCAAUGCAGCUAUGUCCCUUUAAUAACAUUUUUUUGCAGAUCUCACGGGUCAUGGUGAAGAAUCCGGAGCUGUUGGCGGCUCCAGUUGGCGAGAAGCCAAAACGACGAUUCUUCUGA